AUGGGAGUCGGAGAGACCAUCACCGUCAUCAACAAGUCGGGCAAAGUCGUUAGCAGUAGCAAACACAUAGUCAGCGUCUUCAAGGAGGCCAAAGCCGCCUACCGCGAGCGCAAGGCUGAGAUCAAGGCCGAGCGCGAUGCUGCUGUGCGUGAGAAGAAGGCCCUGAGCAAGGGCAUCGAGGCGCUGCGCAUUGAAGACGACGUUCAGUCGCGCGCAUCGUCGCGCAGGUCUUCACACUCCCAGGCCACACACCGCUCCAAGUCACAUCACCACAAGUCACCUCGCCCUGAUGGUCGGCCAACAUUAGAACGAGGCUACACCGACAGCUUCUAUGCCAAUGACAGCCCGCAUACCAGCCGCCAUCGAUUCGAGGAUGACCUUGCUGGAGGUGCUCGCGAUGGUCACAUGAGGGAGCUUGCUCGGCGGAACUCGGACCAGGUCCCACACUCACCACGACAGACCAAGCGCUCGAACUCAGAACCCUACAUCGACAUGGAUUUGGCUUAUGGCGAUAUUCCUCCGCCUCUACCCGACAAAAAGUACGACGAUGGCGAACUGAAAGAGAAGGCUUCCAAGAUCACCAUGCUCCUUGACGAGGCCAACUGCUUGCAGUACUCUGCCACGGCCAUGAUCGAGAACCUGCAGAAGAACCCUGAUGCGCUUGCCGCUGUGUCCCUCACCCUUGCUGAGAUUAGUGCCAUCGUUAGCAAGAUGGGCCCUGGUGUUCUUACGACGCUCAAGGGCACCUUCCCCGCUGUCGCUGCCCUGCUCCUCAGCCCACAGUUCAUGAUCGCUGGUGGUGUCGCAGUCGGUGUCACCAUCGUCGCACUCGGUGGCUACAAGAUCAUCAAGAGGAUUCAGCAACAGAAGGAAGAAGAGAUCGCGAUGGGUGGACCAGUCCAGAUGCCUGUCCCCAUGCAAGCACGUGCGGUGGAGGAGCCCUACCAACUCGACGAGCUCGAGACAAGAGAGCUCAGCCGUAUCGACCUUUGGCGCCGCGGCAUCGCAGACGUCGAGGCUGAAAGCUCCGGAUGCAGUGUCGAUGGCGAGUUCAUCACACCAGGUGCCACCCGCCAACUGGUCGAUGCUGGCGUCCUCGACGAAGACGAUAUCAAGUCACGCCGCAGCGCAAAGGUAAGGGACGAAAGGAGUGGACGACCGAAGUCGCAUCGCGCACGAUCUGAGCGAUCAGACGCGCGGUCAGAGCGCAGCGCGCACACCAGCAAGACCUCCGACACCCGUCGUAGCAAGACCGUCAAAGAGGGUAGCAGCAGACGCAAAGAGAAGGAACCAUCUCUCAUGAAGACACUCUUCCGCUCAAAGACAGCGGCCUACUGA